AUGGCCAGUGCACAAGUGCAAAGUCUUGAUAUAAUUAAGCAGCAGGAUCAGCAACAUCAGCUGGAGAAUAUCAAUAAGCAUCAUCAUCAUCACCACGAAGGUGUUCCACUGGAGUGCAACAGCCCAAAACCUAUCGAUGAAGAGAUAUACCAAGUCGAGUACAAGCAUCCUUUGGAGCAUGUGUGGACCCUGUGGUAUUUGGAAUACAAUCGCUCCAAGCACUGGAAGGACAUGCUGAACGAGAUUACCGAGAUUGAUAGUGUGGAGACCUUCUGGAGCUUGUACCAUACCAUCAAGAGCCCAGCCGAGCUGAAGAAUGGAUGCGAUUACGCCGUGUUCAAGAAGGGCAUAAAACCCAUGUGGGAGGAUGAAGCCAACAUCAAGGGUGGUCGCUGGCUGGUCACCGUGAAUAAGAGUGCCAAGGCGGAAUUGGAUCAAAUUUGGCUGGACAUUCUUCUGCUUAUGGUAGGCCAAAAUUUUGAAUACUCCGACGAGAUCUGCGGAGCUGUCAUCAAUAUACGUAGCAUGAGCAACAAAAUCUCGGUUUGGACUGCCAACGGGAGCAACGAAAUGGCCAUUCUGGAGAUCGGCCAGAAGAUGAAGAUACUCCUUCAUUUGCAAUCGCGUAAUUUGCAGUACCAACUUCAUUCCGAUGCAAUGUGCCAAUUCAAUUCGGGCGUCAAAUCGGUUUAUACACUCUGAAGGUGAUUGUUUAGGUCCUCUACGUUAGUAUAUUUUUAUUUUUGUACACCAGAUUCGUAAGUGUGGAAGAUAAGAUUGGCUUAGUGUAUAUGAAUAUUUACUUGGAAUUGCCCCUACAAAAUUGUUCUGGAGACUAAAUUAAAAAUCUAACUUUCUA